CAUGCUGGUUUUUUUCCACAAAAUGGCGACCGUUUUAAAGGGAAGAUUUGUUUGUAAUUUUUUAUUUCGAAAUUCUGCAAGGAUUAUUUCACGUCCAGCGUUAAGUAAUUAUAGUACCGAGGUUGGGGCUAAUGUGCAGAGCAAGGAUAAGGAAUUAAAAGUCGUUCAUGAAGUAGAAGAUGUGAGUAAUUCAAUGUCCUAUUAGGGCUAUUGAAUGUGGAUAAAACUGGUUAGAAAGUGCCAUGUAAUAAGUCCGUCAAAAGUAAAAUACAUGUACAACAAAACCUGAAUAAGACCAUGGCUCCAUUCACAUGGGGUUAGUUGGAUCAAUUCAGAAUGGUACACCAAUACACGCUUCCUGAAAGUAUGACACCUUGGCUAUAGAGCCUCGUUCUCAUGUAUGUAACAUCUACGAAAACAAGGCAGUAUAGCCAAGCAUUUGUGUAUGGUUAUGAAUUCCUCUGAUCUUGUAUCCGGUUGUAGAGUUAUUUUAUAGCAGAACGGUUGAACCAGGCAAGAUCUCAGCAGCUAGGAUGAACAUUUUCCCAUAUAAACACUCAUUGACUUGCCUGGUUGCAUGCUAAACGGUCAAAAAGAUGUCUCCACAAGGUGUCUCCAUGUAAAAGUCAGUGGCGGACACUAGGUGGAGGGAGGUGGCGGUGGCUGUCCCCCCCCAAUAAUUUUGAAAGACCUAUAAAAGUCUGGCACCAAAUAUCACAAUUAACAUAUACAAUAAUCAAGUGAGCCACACUCUGAAAGACACUGAAACCCCUUUGGCAAACACGUUAAAAAUUUCACCCCCCCCCCCGCCAAUAUUUUGUUAAGUGUCUGCCAGACCCCCACUGAUUACAGUUGCUUUGCCUGUGUCAGCCGACUGAUCUAUACAAAUCACAUAUUAAUUAAAAAGCACUACGGUCCUAACUAUAUUUCAGCCUCAAUUAGCAAUUGUUGGUGGUGUACCAGAAGAACAACUGAAAACCAGAAAAGUUCAAAUCUUUUCUCCCGCACAAAAUGCUAUGCAGUCUGGAUCAUUUAAUACAAGACUUUGGAGACUUGAGUUCAACACGCAAGAUCGCUGGGAAAAUCCUUUAAUGGGCUGGGCAUCAACGUAAGUAUUUGUUGUAUUGCACCCUACUUAUUUUCACUGUCAAUUGCCAGACUAUUUCACUUGAUAAGGGGGGGGGGGGAAGCUGGCAUAAUGUGUUAACAAAAUAACUUGGCAUUCGACAGAGUCUCACCCUUGUGAGUGAUGUGCUGUAAUACACCCAUACUUAUUUUUCACUAUAAUUCCAAAGAAUGAUUUUACUUGUUUGAUGGAAUGGCAUCCCUUGGAGCGGAGUACAUUUAUCUGGUGUUAGACAAUGUAACACACAUUAGGAAUACCCACAAGAAUCCAUUUAUAGAGUGGAGCACUUUCCUCUUGAUAAUCAUGCCUCAUUAUACAGAGAACAUUUGCAAAUUAUCAAACAUACAUACUGUACGUAGCCACUGUACUGUAUAAUUUUGUUAAUAAUUCUCUUUUAGUGCGGAUCCUUUAUCAAACACGGUCAUAGAAUUUGGAUCAAAAGAAGACGCCAUCAACUAUGUGGAGCGACAUGGUAUUGCGAGUUUGUCUUGACAAAUUUGUCCCUUUUUAUAAAUACAGCAUUAAACACACUAUCGGGAAAACAUGAUCUUUGUUAUCCCUAGUUAGCAGAUUUUCACAUUGAGACAAUUGAAUUAUACAGUAGUAUGGCUUGAUAAAGAACCAUUGUCAGUAAUAGAUCAUGCUAUUCUUGCUAGUGUUUCCACUAAAUCUCCUUCCACCUGGUAUCCUUUCUAGGCUGGGAUUAUGAAAUUGAGGAAAAACGGGAACCAAAGAUGCUAGAGAAGUCAUAUGGUGCUAACUAUUCCUGGUCGAAACGAACAAGAGUUUCUACGAAAUAAAAUUCGAACUAAUCCCUUAAAGAGUGCAGGGUUCUCUUUUCUGUAUGGAACCUAUGAAAAUUGUUUAUUAUAUAUACUGUAAAUGUUUUGGUUGUUCUUGCAAUAAAUAUUUGUUGAAAAA